AUGGAGCAAUCAAAGGAGAAUGCGCACGACCAUGUCGAGAAAACUGGUGACUAUGAGACUGCACAGCUGGCACACAUCACUGACCAAGAGGAUCACGAGACUGGGAUAUACCAAUCUCUCGUCCGUAACCCUUGGGCAUGUGCCUGGUGCAUAUACGGCCUGUGGACUGUGAUUCUGCUCAGUUUCGACGUCCAGGCGGCUGGCAGCGUUGUGGGAAUCCCGCGCUUUCGCCAGGACUUUGGGUAUCUCUUUGAAGGCGACUAUGUGCUGCCGGCUCAGUGGCAGUCUGCGUUUAACGGGGCACCCGUAGCCAUGGCCGUCAUUUCUUCUCUUAUUGCCGCGGAACUGGCGGAUAUUUUCGGCCGAAAACUCAUGCUUCUCGUUGCCUUGGUUGUGUCCUUUGUGGGAGUUGGUAUAGAAUUCUACGCGACUACAAAUGCCGUCUUCUUCGCGGGGAAGCUGAUCAACGGAAUCAUGGUGGGCAUUGUUGCUACAAACAUGAUUACCUACAUCGGAGAGAUUGCUCCGCUGGCGUUGCGCGGCAUCUUUACUUGCUGUAUUGGCGUCUCGUACGGCAUUGGUCCUCUGGUUGCCUUCUUGAUCAUCAAUUAUACGGGCCAGGUAGACUCUCGAUGGGCUUAUCGCUCAGUGUUUUGCUCUCAGUUUGGGUUUGCGGCGGUGGCAUUGCUGCUAUGGCCAUUUAUGCCCGAAUCUCCUUGGUUCCUGGCUGGCAAAGGUCGAACGGAAAAAGCAAUAAAAAGCCUUGGUAAACUUGGCUAUCCCGGUGAAGAGGGGGAAAAGAAACUUGCGCUCAUCAACUUGACGCUGGAGCAAAUCCGUCAGGAAACUGAGGGAGUUACCUAUGUGGAGUGUUUCAAAAAGUCGAACCUGCGACGUACCAUCAUCAGCAUCAUGCCUCUAUGCAUCCAGGCACUCUCUGGUAUCGCCUUUGUUGCCGGCUAUUUCACGUAUUAUUUGCAACUUGCUGGGUAUUCGACUUCUAUGAGCUACAAGAUUCAGAUUUCCCAACCGGUUCUAUCCAUUGUCGGUAAUAUCAUGGCCGCUGCUGCUGUUGACAGUAUUGGAAGACGCAAUAUUACUUUCUACGGCCUCAUCAUCCUUACCGCGAUCCUCCUAAUCACCGGAGCGUUGGGACUGAGCCACAAACCAUCCGAGGUAAAAGGCACUGUCGCGUUUAUCCUCAUUUACAGCUGGUGGUACAAUGUCUCGAUCGGUUCCACUGCCUUUUCUCUGCUCGCAGAGGUUUCCACGUCUCGCCUGCGUGUCAAGACUAUUGCUAUUGGAUACUCUGUCCAGAGCGCGAUUACUGUCAUGUGGCAAUUCGUCAUUCCUUACUUGUUCAACCCGGAUCACGCCAACCUGGGAGCGAAAAUUGCCUUCAUCUUUUUCGGGUUUUGCGUUAUUUGUAUUGUUUAUUUGUACUUUUAUCAGCCUGAGACUGCGGGGAGAUCUUACCAGGAGCUUGAUGAGAUGUUUGCCAAGGGGGUUCCCGCGAGGAAGUUCAAGUCUUAUAAGACUGACAUCCAGUUGCAGAAUGAGGCUGCCGCGGCUGCUGAGAAGCAUGUUGUGUGA